GAUUCCCGCAGCCCCGUGUCUGCCAAGCGGCCCCCCGCAGCUGCCUGGUAAAACAAAAUCAGAGUGCUGUGAGAGCAAGAGCUUGGUCCGUGCUCAAUCGUUGCUCCUCUACUCACUGUCAAGAUCUAUGGCUUCCGUCACCAUGCAGGCUGCGUCUACGGCCGUUGUGGCCAAGUCCGCCUUCCUUGGCGCUGGCCAGUCGCGCCUCGCUAAGUCGAUCCGUGCUGCUGCGCAGCCGGCAUCCGUGUCGGGCCUUAAGAUUGAGGCCAAGGGCAACUGGCUCCCAGGCUCUACCUCUCCCGCCUGGCUCGAUGGCAGCCUUCCCGGCGACAACGGCUUCGAUCCCCUUGCCCUGGCUGAGGAUCCCGAGAACCUCAAGUGGUACGUGCAGGCCGAGCUCCAGAACGGCCGCUGGGCCAUGCUUGGUGUUGCCGGCAUGAUCAUCCCCGAGGCUCUGACCUCCGCUGGGCUCCUGGAUAUCCCGGUGUGGUACGACACUGGUGUCACUGAGUUCUGGAUUCCCACCCCCACCCUGUUCGCGAUCGAGUUCAUCCUGUUCAACUUCGUCGAGCUGUUGAGGUGGCAAGACAUCAAGAACCCCGGCAGCGUGAGCGAGGACCCCUUCGGCAACAAGCUCCCUGCUGGUGAUGUGGGAUACCCCGGCUUCAACCCCAUGGGUCUCUCCACCGACUUCCGCACCAAGGAGAGCGAGCUGGCCAAUGGCCGUACUGCCAUGAUUGCUUUCUUGGGCAUCAUUAUCCAGUCCCACAUCACCGGUGCUGGUCCUUUCGCCAACCUCCUUGCGCACCUUUCUGACCCAUGGAACACCACCGUUUUCCAGAGCCUGGAUGCUUUCUACGCUUCUCACUAAGUUAAUGCUCUGUACAUUUGGAUAUAUUUCUCAUACUGGUAGAUACAUUUAAACCCGUAAUCUAUGUAGUUCCUAAGCCGUGCUGAGAAUUAUGUUGUGAGGUGAUUUGUUCAGAAUAGACCAUUCGUGCAAAUGGCCAGAAACCUGAC